AUGGAAAAAAGCCCCGUCACCCCAGGUCUGGUAUUUGGUCCAGAUGAAGGCAUACAGGAGGCUAGCAUCAGGAGAGCAGAGGGCAUUGGUGGGAGUGUGCCAGUGGAGGAGUUCAGUCAGAGUUUGGUUCCGCCUGACCCCAUGUCCCAGUUCCACUUGAGGAGAGGUUCUCCUGAGGAGGAGUUCCCUGACCUGUGCAGAAACUGUACCUGGAUGGGACGGAUCCUCACCCCGGCCAUGUACCGCCGACAGUUUAAUCGCUGCACCCAAAGUGGAGUAAUCUUUGAUGACGUCAUCCGUCCAGGCCUUGAGGAACCAGGUGAAUGGUCAGGUCCUGUGACUGUCGGGUGUGUCGCGGGCGAUGCUCAGUCUUACAUUUUGUUCUGUGACUUCUUCGACCGAGUCAUCGAAGCGUACCAUGAACACAAGAUCACCAGCCAGACGCCAGAGAGUGACUUCAAUUACGACAACUUGAAGGGAGGUGAUGACUUGGAUAAGUCAUUUGCUGUACGCUGUGAAAUCAGUGUCGUUCGAGGUGUUGAAGACUUCUGCUUCCCAACACACUGCAGCCGAGGAGAGCGCAGACAGCUCCUCAAGCUGGCCAGGAGAGCACUGCAGCAACUUGAGGAGGAAGAGCUGCCAGGUCAACUCUUCUUGCUGGAAGAGCUGAACCAGGAGCAGCAGAGGAACCUGAACCUGAACCCUCCAUCUUCCUCCCAACUGCGUAUCGGUGUGGCCCGGGACUGGCCUGAUGCCAGGGCGGUCUGGGUGAGUAAAGAUGGCACCCUGAUGGUCUGGGUCAACAUGGAGGACCACCUCAGACUGGUGUCCACACGAGACGAUGCCAACGUGGCUGAGGCUUUUAAAUGCAUCUGCACCAAUCUACAGAAGCUGGAGCAGUAUUACAAGCAGCUCAGACACCAAUUCAUCUGGAAGCAGCAACUGGGAUGGGUGACGAGUUCCCCGGCUGAUGUUGGAACAGGUCUGAAGAUCAGUGUGCAUCUUAAACUGCAACACUUGCCCAAACACAAACGUCUACAGGACAUCCUGAAGAGACUGAGGGUCCACAUGGACAAAACUGAAUCCCCUGUCCUGUAUCGUGUGAGCAAUGUGGCGACUUUCGGCCAGAGUGAGGUGGCACUGACCCAGCUAGUGGUGGAUGGGGUCAAACUGCUUAUCGCCAUGGAGUCGAGGCUGAAAGUCAACGGAGACAUUGAUGAACUUGUUCCGACACAGAAGUAGACGUGGAUGAUGACUGGUUGGAAUAAAGAGAAGAAGAGAUGGACUGACCAAUCG